AUGAAAACGAGUGAAAAAAUGUUGCGAGCGACCGUUAACAGAGUUUUUAGUGCUACAGGAAACGCCUUAAAUAAGAGUGUUAAAACCUCUCAGACUCGAUUGAUGUCGCAUCAUAGUAAAGAAACUGAUGAAGAAUUCGAUUGUCGAUAUGAAGCAUAUUUCAAUAGGCAAGAUAUUGACGGUUGGGAACUGAGAAAAGCAUUAAACGAUUUGAAUAAAUACGAUUUAAUACCCGAGCCGAAAAUUAUAAUUGCCUCGCUCAAAGCAUGCAGAAGAGUCAACGAUUUUGCAUUAACUGUAAGAUGGCUCGAAGUUAUUAAAAUAAAAAGCGAAGUUGACAAAGCAAUAUAUCCAUACAUUUUGCAAGAGAUUAGACCUACAUUAGAUGAACUCGGCAUUAACACUCCUGAAGAAUUAGGAUAUGAUAAACCUGAGUUAGCCGUUCCAAACUAUGAUUAG